GUACUAAGACAUAUGCCAGGUUAUUUCAUUGUACAAAUAGAGUAUACAUGCAUAAACCUAGGUGGUAUAUACCAUAUUCCUAGGCUAUAUAGGAUCUAUGUCUGUCUUUCACAGCCUACUGCUUCUAGGACCACAGUGAACAAAACCCAAUGAAAUCAAGCACAGGAGGCCAUUGGAAUCUGAGACGACAUGGAAGACGUGAACAGACCUUUGUUCCAGCAGGAAGACAAGGAGGGGAUUACCUACCGGAUCCCCGCCCUGCUCUACAUUCCCCCCAAACACACCUUCCUGGCCUUUGCAGAGAAGCGGUCCACCAGGAAGGACGAGGAUGCUCUCUAUCUGGUGCUGAGGCGAGGACUGAGGACUGGGCGCUCAGUACAGUGGGGACCCCAGGAGCCACUCAUGGAAGCCACGUUACCUGGGCAUCGGACCAUGAACCCCUGUCCCGUGUGGGAACAGAAGAACAGCUGUGUGUACCUGUUCUUCAUCUGCGUGCGAGACCAUGUGACUGAGUGUCACCAGAUUAUGUUGGGCAGGAAUGCCGCCCGGCUGUGCUUCAUCUGCAGUCAAGACGCGGGCCACACGUGGAGUAAGCUGAGAGACUUGACGGAGGAGGUGGUUGAGCUCUCAGAGAUGGAGCACUGGGCCACCUUCGCUGUGGGCCCAGGCCAUGGCAUCCAGACACAGUCAGGGCGGCUGGUCAUCCCUGCCUAUGCCUACUAUAUCUCACACCGGUUGUGUGGCUUCCCACUACCAUGUUCCACCAAACCUCACUCCCUGAUGAUCUACAGUGAUGACUUUGGCCUCACGUGGCACCACGGCAAGUUCAUUGGGCGCCUGGUGACCGUGGAGUGCCAAGUGGCAGAAGUGAUGGGGGGAUCUGGUUUCCCUGUGCUCUUCUGCAGUGCCCGCACACCAGAUAGGUACCGGGCUGAGGCUCUUAGCACUGAUCAUGGUGAAUGCUUUCCGAAGCAGGCCCUGAACUUGAGGCUCUGCGAGCCCCCACAUGGCUGCCAAGGCAGUAUCGUGAGUUUCUGGCCCUCGCAGAUCCCACACAGAUGCCAGGAUGCUAGUGGCAAAGAUGUUCCUACCACUGAGAACAGUUCCCAGAUGGACAGAUCACUGUCAGAAACCUGGCUCAUGUACUCACACCCCACCAGUAAGAAGAAGAGAAUCAACCUAGGUAUCUACCUGAACCACAGCCCCACGGAUGCUGCCGGCUGGUCUCGGCCCUGGAUCAUGCACCAGGGACCGAGUGGCUACUCUGACCUGGCGGUGGUGGAGGAGCAGGGCUUGUUUGGGUGUUUGUUUGAGUGUGGGAAUGAGCAGGAAUGUGAGCAGAUUGCCUUUCGCCUCUUUACACAACAGGAGGUGCUGAGCCACGUGCAGGAGGACUGUGCCAGCCCUGCUGGGAAGGAACCUGAGCCAGGCCCGCACGGACUGUGCUGUCUCUAGAAGGGAGUGACAACCAGAGCUUGGGUGCCGGAGCUUUCUGACAGCUCAGUUCAUUUCUUCAGCCGCUUACUCUUUCCUUCUCCUUUAAAGAAAAAAAACGAAAGGUUUGCCGCAGUCAUUGUUGAACUGGCAGUUGGCUGGCCAUGAUGUGAUCUUGGCUGCUGACCUGCUUAGAGACCUUGGCUGUGCCUCCUGGACUGGGGGCCUCUGGUCUGCACUUUGAAGUUGACAGGGCUAGUCUGUGGCUUUUCAUCUUGCCAUUGCUAGGUGAGGUAAAGUGCCUGUGUGCUCCCUAGUCAGCAGGUCCUGGCUACGUAUAAGACUGAUCUCAAAUGGAGGUUAGAGGACUUCUCUUUUCAGAUAGCCCACGCUUGUCUGAGUGGGUUUUUGUGUGGCAAGAAGGAAAGGAAGUUAGGAGGUUUGGGGUUUUUUUGUUU